GAGAUUUGGAUAGGGAUAUUACCCGCAACAUAACAGCGAAAGGAGAUUGGUCAGACUUGGAUAAACAAUGGCUACCAACGCUACCACUCUCUCUCUUUCCUUCGCCACAACCUCUUCUUCUUCCUCGUUACCCAGCUAUAAACCUUUAUUUUCAAAACGAUCCGUUUCAUUUUCUACGGUGCCUUAUCUUGUUGUCAGUCACAGCUCCAAGCCUAGGGUUUCCACUCCCUUUGCCUUAGCGGCUGUCGUCAAUGACCAAACCGCAAUCGUCGAUGGAGAACAAAAACCACGGAAGCUCGGAAAUCCGACUCCAGUUUACGUUUGCAAUCUUCCUAGAAGCUGUGACAAUCAACAACUAAUUCAAAUCUUCACUCCUCAUGGAACCGUUCUAUCUGCGGAGGUUUGUCGGAAUGCUGAGACAGGUGAGAGUAAAGGAAGUGCUUAUGUAACUAUGGGAUCUUAUAAUGCUGCUAAAAAUGCAAUUGAUGCAUUGGAUGGAUUGGAUGUUGGUGGACGUGAAGUGCGGGUUAAAUUUUCAAUUCAGAUGAAUACUAAGAAGAAGAAUUCAGAGACGUUGAAUCCAUCUCCGUGGAGAACUAUAUACUAUGAAGGUCCUUAUAAGGUGUAUAUUGGGAAUCUUGCUAGGUCUACUACACCUGAAGAUUUGAGAAAUCUCUUUGGUAAAUUUGGAAAUGUGGCUAGUGCGAGGGUGUUGCACGAUUUUAAACAGGGGAAAAACCGAGUCUACGCCUUUGUAUCUUAUCUUACUCAGACAGAACGUGACGCCUCGUUGUCACUCAAUGGAACUGAAUUUGAUAGUCGAAGUCUAGUGGUUAGAGAAGGCGUGGAGAAGACAGUGACGUAAUAAUUGGAGCUUUCAAAUUCUGCUUAGAAAAUAUUGCAAUUGGGUGUCUGGGAUGGAAGAAGGUCUCUGUUCUGCUAUAUACAAACGAUAUUGGCGCGAGAACUUUCUGAAACUACAAAAUAUCAGUUGUAAGUGGAAGUGGUCUAGUGUAAUUCUUCCAUCAAAAUCUGAGUUUUCAUUCUUAUAUCUUUGUUGCAAUGUCUGUGGAAAAUGAUUUUCCUUGUGACAAAGUAUUGGUCAAGAACAAGCACUGUCACAGGCUGAUAAAUGAACUUCUAUUCCUUUACAUGUAGAUACUUAAUCUGUUAUGAAGUGAGCAAGUAUGACAGGAGAUAGAAUUCUGAUUAA